AAUGCGCAUGAUCAACUCCAAAUCAUCAACACCUGAAACACACAUCACAUAAAAAACCUAAAAAACUAACCAUUGCUUGUGAAUCCGUAUUUUACAGUGGCUGUGACAUCUUGAAGUUUAUCAAAUAAAGUUCUAUAAUAAAUAAAUAAUACAAAACUUUUAAUAAAAUGUCAGGUAAAUCAAAGCCAUUUACAAAAGAGGAAGAGUUGCUUCUUCAAGAUUUUUCAAGAAAUGUAUCAACAAAAUCAUCAGCACUUUUUUAUGGCAAUGCAUUUAUUGUUUCUGCAAUUCCAAUCUGGUUGUUCUGGAGAAUUCAUCUCAUUGAUCUUUACUCAAAUCUGAUUUCAUUUUUUGUUAUUACUUUGAUCAGUACAUAUGCACUUGCACUUGCUUACAAAAAUACAAAAUUCGUCUUGAAACACAAGAUUGCAGUAAAGAGAGAAGAUGCAGUUGCACGUGAAAUGAGCAAAAAAUUAUCAGAAGAUAAAAAAAUGAGCAAGAAAGAAAAAGAUGAAAGAAUAUUGUGGAAAAAAAAUGAAGUUGCUGAUUAUGAAGCAACAACAUUUUCUAUUUUUUAUAACAAUGCAUUAUUUUUGGCAAUUGUUAUCUUAACAUCAUUUUAUAUAUUAAAAACAUUUUCACCAGCAUUUAAUUACAUUUUCUCAGUUGGUGCAACAUCUGGACUUUUGGCACUUUUAUCAACUGGAACACAGUAAAGUUAACAGAAUAUUAUAAACUCAUUAAAAUCAUUAAUAAAAUCAAAAAAAUUUAACAAAGUUUUUCGUUUUUUGAUUAAUAAAAUUAAAGUAUAUAAGAAAAAAAAAAAAAAGAUAAAAUUGAGUAAUAUUAAUUUUGAUACGAAUGAGUGUAAAAUGUUGAUUUAAAUACAUAUUUAUUUAUAAUCAUAAU